GAAAAAAACGAGAAAAGCUCCUAGUGUGGCCACCUGGGAAAAGGGACAAAAGGAGAAGGAAGGGGGAGCUCCUAGCUCAGCCCUGGUGCCCUCUGGCUGCAGUGUCCUGGGAGGGGCGCUGGGUUCCCCUGCCCCACCCGGGUACAUCUCCCACCCUGCUUCCGCUCCAGGUGUCUGAGGGUCCUCCGCGGCCACGGCCUGGUGCUGGGUGUCCACGGAAGGGAAGCACAGAAAUGCAUGCUGGGCCUUCCAGGGCUUUCUGUGGUUAUGGGGGCAAGGGUCAGGCCUGGUACGGUGCGGGAGCCCCGCUGUGGCUGGAGAUGCACUGCCCCGUGUCUCCUGCAGCAUCAGGAGCUGGGAGUGAUGAUGGCAGUGCUAGCCCUGCCACGGAGCCCGCCCCUUCCCCUUUCCUGCCCUGCCUCCACCGCACCUGCUUUCUGCUGUGUCCCCAGGAGCUCGAGAGACCAGGACCAUGGACACGCUCACCAGGAACCAGGGCGGCCCUGGAUGCAAGAGCCCAGCAAUGGUGCAGAAAGGCCCCUUGGACCUGAUUGAGACGGGCAAAGGGCUGAAGGUGCAGACGGACAAGCCGCACCUGGUGAGCCUGGGCAGCGGGCGGCUCAGCACAGCCAUCACCCUGGUGCCUCUGGAGGACGGGAGGACAGUGAUUGGCUCUUCGGCCAAGGACGUCGCCCUGCAGGGGCCGGGCCUGGCCCCCGAGCACUGCUACAUCGAGAACCUGCGGGGCACCCUCACCCUCUACCCGUGCGGCAAUGCCUGUGCCAUUGACGGGCUCCCUGUCCGGCAGCCCACCCGGCUCACUCAGGGCUGCAUGUUGUGCCUGGGCCAGUCCACCUUCCUCCGCUUCAAUCACCCCGCUGAAGCCAAGUGGAUGAAGAGCAUGAUCCCGGCAGGGGGCCGGGCCCCGGGGCCCCCCUACAGCCCCGGCCCAGAGUCAGAAAGCCUCGUGAACGGGAACCACCCCCCGCAGCCUGCCGCCCAGGGCCCCGCGGCCUACACCAGCCACAGCUCCCUGGUGAGCUCCAUCGAGAAGGACCUGCAGGAGAUCAUGGACUCCCUGGUGCUGGAGGACCCCGGCGCCGCCGGCAGGAAGCCUGCUGCCGCGUCCACGCUGUCGCCGAUGGCUAACGGGGGUCGCUACCUGCUGUCGCCCCCGACCAGCCCCGGUGCCAUGUCCGUGGGCUCCAGCUACGAGAACACCUCCCCAGCUUUCUCCCCGCUCUCCUCACCAGCCAGCAGCGGGAGCUGUGCCAGCCACUCGCCCAGCGGGCAGGAGCCAGCCCCUCCUGUGCCCCCGCUUGUGCCUGUGCGCUCCUCUAGUUACCACCUGGCCUUGCAGCCCCCGCAGUCCCGGCCCAGCGGGGCCCGCCCCUCCGAGAGCCCCCGGCUGGGCAGGAAGGCGGGGCGUGAGCGGCCCCCCAGCCCCGGCCUCCGGGGUCUGCUGCCCGCCAGCCCCACCGCUCCUGUCCCGGCCGAGGCCCACAGAGCCACCGAGAGCCCCUGGCUGGGUGGGCAGCUGCCCGUGGUGGCCGUCAGCCUGAGUGAAUACCCAGCUUCCGGUGCCCACAGCCAACCCACCAGUGUUCCUGGCAGUCCCAAGUUCCAGCCUCCGGUCCCUGCACCCCGAAACAAGAUGGGUGUGCUCCAGGAUCGCCCCCCCAGCCCUCUCCGCGAGCUGCCGGGCCCCGAGCGCGGGUUGGCAAGCAGCCCCUCACGCCAGUCGGUGGGCCGAACGUUCUCGGAUGGGCCGGCGCCCCGCACCCUGCAGCCCUCUGAGAGUCCCCGCCUGGGCCGCCGGGGCCCGGACAGCCUGCGGGAGCUCCCUCCCCUGAGCCCAGCGCUGUCCCGACGGGCUCUGUCGCCGCUGCCCUCCCGGCCCACCCCGGACCCCAAACUGACCAGGGACGUGGCAGAGAGCCCGCGGCCCCGGCGCUGGGCAGCCCACGGCGCUUCACCAGAGGACUUCUCUUUGACACUGGGGGCGCGGGGCCGUAGGACACGGAGCCCCUCGCCCACCCUCGGGGAGUCCCUGGCACCCCACAAGGGCAGCUUCAGCGGCCGGCUGAGCCCCGCCUACAGCCUGGGCUCUUUGCCGGGGGCUGUGACCCGACAGAGCCCCCGGGCCCAGAGGAAGCUCUCCGGCGGGGACCUGCAGGUGCUGGUCCCCCGGGAGCGGAAGAACAGCAUCACCGAGAUCAGCGACAACGAGGACGACCUGCUGGAGUACCACCGGCGGCAGCGCCAGGAGCGGCUCCGGGAGCAGGAGAUGGAGAGGCUGGAGCGGCAGCGCCUGGAGACCAUCCUGAACCUGUGUGCGGAGUACAGCCGGGCCGACGGGGGGCCUGAGGCCGGGGAGCUGCCCAGCAUCGGGGAGGCCGCUGCUGCCUUGGCCCUGGCUGGCCGGAGGCCCCCGCGAGGCUUUCCCGGAGCCACUGGGGCCUCCGGGCGGGGCAGCGAGGAGCCUGGAGGUGCCCCUGCGCGGCUGUGGGAGAGCGUAGACCGCUCCGAGGAGGAGAACCUCAAGGAGGAGUGCAGCAGCACCGAGAGCACCCAGCAGGAGCAUGAGGACGUGCCCAGCGCCGGGCUGCAGGGCGAGGUGCUGGCCCUGGAGGAGGAGCGGGCGCAGGUGCUCGGGCGCGUGGAGCAGCUCAAGGUCCACGUGAAGGAGCUGGAGCAGCAGCUGCAGGAGUCGGCUCGCGAGGCCGAGAUGGAGCGGGCGCUGCUGCAGGGCGAGAGGGAGGCCGAGCGGGCGCUGCUGCAGCAGGAGCAGAGGGCGGCGGACCAGCUGCAGGAGAAGCUGGUGGCCUUGGAGACAGGCGUCCAGAAGGAGAGGGACAAGGAGGCUGAGGCCCUGGAGGCAGAGACCAAGCUCUUUGAGGACCUGGAGUUCCAGCAGCUGGAGCAGCAGAGCCGCGUGGAGGAGGAGCGGGAGCUGGCCGGCCAGGGGCUGCUCCGGAGCAAGGCCGAGCUGCUGCGCAGUGUAGCCCGGAGGAAGGAGCGCCUGGCAGUGCUGGACAGUCAGGCCGGGCAGAUCCGGGCUCAGGCCGUGCAGGAGUCCGAGCACCUGGCCCGGGACAAGAAUGCCUCCCUGCAGCUGCUGCAGAAGGAGAAGGAGAAGCUGACGAUGUUGGAGAGAAGAUACUACUCACUCACGGGAGGCAGGCCUUUCCCGAAGACCCCGUCGACCCUCAAAGAGGUGUUCCGCUCCAAGAUGGAUGGGGAAGCCGCCAGCCCCCCUGCCCGCACCUGCGCCCCCCUGCCCUCGUCCUCGGGCUCCUCCUCCUCCUCCUCCCAGCUCAGCGUGGCUGCCUUGGGCCGCAGCCCUUCCCCAAAGAGCGCGCCCCUCGCCCAGAACGGCCCGGGCAGCCUUCCCCGCACCCUGGCGGCCACACUGCAGGACAUCGAGACCAAGCGCCAGCUGGCCCUGCAGCAGAAGGGGCAGCAGGUGAUUGAGGAGCAGCGGCGGAGACUGGCUGAGCUGAAGCAGAGAGCAGCAGCCGAGGCUCAGUGCCAGUGGGAUGCCCUGCAUGGGGCGCCCCCCUUCCUGGCAGGCCCCUCGGGCUUCCCCCCUCUCAUGCACUCUAUCCUGCACCACCUGCCGGCGGGGCGGGAGCGCGGGGAGGAGGGCGAACACGCCUACGACACGCUGAGCCUGGAGAGCUCCGACAGCAUGGAGACCAGCGCCUCCACCGGCGGCGCCUCCGCCUGCUCCCCCGACACCGUGUCCAGUGUGAGCGGCCUGGACGUGGGGAGGCUCGAGGAGAUGGAGAAGAUGCUGAAAGAAGCUCACGCGGAGAAGAGCCGCCUCAUGGAGUCCAGGGAGCAGGAGCUGGGGCUGCGGCGGCAGGCCCUGGAGGAGGAGCGGCGGCGGCGGGAGCACCUGGAGCGCAGGCUGCAGAGCGAGAGCAGCCGGAGGCGGCAGCUGGUGGAGAAGGAGGUCAAGCUGCGGGAGAAGCAGUUUUCUCAGGCACGACCCCUGACCCGCUACCUGCCCGUCCGGAAGGAGGACUUUGACCUGAAGACCCACAUCGAGUCCUCGGGCCACGGCGUCGACACCUGUCUGCACGUGGUGCUCAGCAGCAAGGUCUGUCGUGGCUACUUGGUCAAGAUGGGCGGCAAGAUUAAGUCGUGGAAGAAGCGCUGGUUUGUCUUCGACCGGCUCAAGCGCACCCUCUCCUAUUAUGUGGACAAGCAUGAGACGAAACUGAAGGGGGUGAUCUACUUCCAGGCCAUCGAGGAGGUGUACUACGACCACCUGCGCAGCGCGGCCAAGAGCCCGAACCCGGCCCUCACCUUCUGCGUGAAGACGCACGACCGGCUGUACUACAUGGUGGCCCCGUCCGCAGAGGCCAUGCGCAUCUGGAUGGACGUCAUUGUCACCGGGGCCGAGGGCUACACUCAGUUCAUGAACUGACGGUGGGCUUCUGGCCCGCAGGCUGGCCCAGGGCCCAGGCCCGACCACCUGCUUCCCUGCUGGCCCUGGAGACAGCCACCCGCUGGCCCAGGCCGCCUCCCGGAGCAGAGGCCCCGUGCUGCAGUGAGGAGCUCCUGCCGGGAUUGCUGAGCCCCGACCUCCUGGAGAGCCAGCCGGCGGGCGGGGCCGGGGCCCAGAACCUGCAAUAACCCCGCAGGGUCCUGCCCUCCCACACGUGUUCUCUGUGUCAAGGACAAUUAUGACGCCAGAAUCUGCCAAAGAUCCCCUCUUGCCUCCUGUGCAGGGGCCGUGGGGCCCGAGCAGAGCCGCCUCCAGAGUGGGGUGACAGCUCAGGCAGUACUUCUCAAACCCUGCUCUCACCGCAUCGUUCUCCCGCAUUUGUAUUUUUACUACUUUGUUCAAGGGCCAGAGACCUCAAGUUUUAUCUUUGAGGGGUCAGCCUCAUCCCCUUUUAGCGGACCCAUCACCAUGGUCACCAUAGUAACGUUUCAUUGCCAUGGUUACAUGCUAAUUGCUGUGGCUGUGUGGCUCCGCCCACUGCUUAAGCUGUGGGCCCAUCUGAGGAUACGUGCCAUCAUCUCUCCAGCCCAGGCCCUUGGGCACCUCAUGUUGGGGAAAUGGGACCUCACACCUCCCUCCCCGUCCGUCUCCAGGCGCUGACCACAGCUGCUGGCCCCGGCCAGCCCUCCCGUCCACUCGUGCCUUGCUUAGAGCCAGAGGGGAUGAAGUCAGGGUCUCUGGGUCCCGAGGAGGAGGGAGCUCGAAGGGCCUUCCUCGGGUUCUGUGCGGGGCUCCACUGACAGGACAGAGGGCUGCUCCCUGAGGACGCCUGAGCCGGAGGAGCUCAGGGGAGGGGGACCCUGACCUCCCACCUCCGAAGGGGAUGACCAUGGAGCCGAGGACAAGGCCUCCGGCCGCCUGGCUGCAGUCCUCCCGCCUUAACACUAAGCCCACCUCCCCGCCCCCUCCAGCGCUGGGCCUGGUGCAGGGUCCAGGCUGGGUGAUACUCAGUAUUUGUAAGCGUCUCAGCAGAACAAUAAAGCAUU